AUGGCGGAGAAGAAGAAGAAGAAUCUCUACAACAUCGCGGUGAUUGUCUUCGUGGCCCUAGGCUCUUUGGCCUUUGGCUACUCGGCAAGUAUCAUCUCGACUACUCUGGCCCAGCCCUCGUUCAAUGCCUACUUCAAGAUGGACAAGCGACCCAACAAGACGGCCAUCCAAGGCGCCAUGAACGGCCUCUACACGGCAGGAGGCUAUUUCGGCGCGCUCAUGUCCUCGUGGAUCGCGGAGCGACUCGGCCGCAAGCGGGCCAUUUUCGCCGCCUGCAUCACCGCGACCAUCGGCGGCGCGCUCCAGGCCGGCUCCGUUGACCUCGGCAUGUUCAUCUUCGUGCGCUUCAUCUCUGGCCUCGGCGUCGGCAUGAUGCUUGUCCUCAUCCCGCUGUACCAGACCGAGGUGUCACCGCCGCACUCGCGAGGCCUAAUGGUCGGCAUCCACGGCGUCCUCAUCACAUACGGCUACUGCUCCUCCGCGUGGGUCGGUUUCGGGUUCUACUUUGUGAAUGCCAACGGCGCGCAGUGGAGGGUGCCGCUUGCAAUCCAGGCCAUCCCCCCAUUGCUGCUGUCCACUGGUGUUUUGUUCCUCCCCGAAUCGCCCCGUUGGCUCAUCUCUCGACAGCGUCAGGACGAGGCUCUCACCGUCAUCCAGAAGCUCCACCAUGACAAGGAAGACCCCGAUAACACCUUUGCUAUCCGCGAAUUCGAGCAGAUCAAGCAGCAGUACAACAUAGACAAGGAGAACGAGGUGUCGUGGAAGAUCAUGUUUACCAAGAAAUCAUACCGCAAGCGUCUCAUCAUAGGCUUCAUCGUCAUGUUUGCAUCUCAGACGACCGGCACUACGGUUAUCAAUAACUACGGCCCAAUUCUCUACUCUGAGCUGGGGUUUGGUACCUCAAGACAGCUGUUGCUUGGCGCCUGCUGGAUCACGCUCGCUCUGACCGGCAACCACUUCAACGCGUUUACUCUGGACAAGAUCGGCCGAGUCCGCGCCCUGCAGAUCGGUUGGAUUGGUGACAUCUUUGCGCUCAUCGGCGAAUGCGUCGCUCUGAGCCACUACCAAGCCAACCCAACUCGACCUGCAGCCAUUGCCAGCGUGGCCUUUUUGUUCAUGCACAUCUUUUUCUUCUCGUACAACGUGGACGGUACAUCCUAUGUGUACGUGUCUGAGAUCUUUCCUACGCACAUCCGUGCCAAGGGCAUGGCAGCCUCAAUAUCCGGCUACUUCCUUUCCCUGCUUAUCUAUCUCGAGGCUGGUCCCACGGCCUUUGCCAAUAUCCAGUGGAAGUUCUAUCUCAUCUUCCUCGUCGGCACUACUCUCUUCGUUAUUCCAACUUUCUUCUACUUCCCCGAGACCAAGGGUAUCUCGCUGGAGGAGAUUAAUGCCUUGUUUGGCGAUGAAACUGCCGAUGUUGACUUGAACUCUGAUCGUAAGCUGGAUGAGAAGGACAAACAGCUCAUCGAGCAGGAAAUUGUUCCUUAG